AGGAGCAUUAGGAUGGCUCUUAUCAUUGCUUAGUAGCAAGGACCACCGCAGGACAUUUUAAGUGGAUAUUUGUAGAUGCUUCACUGCCGUUAAUUUACAGGAUUAGCCACAAGGGGCGACCACCACCAAAUCUGAGGACAACAUAACAGGUUGAAGAUGAGAUCCAAAAGCAGUGUGGUGUCACCCCCGACAAGUGGGGAGCUUGGGGUCCCACAGGGUGACCCCGACAUGGGCCAAGAACAGGAUGUGUGUCUAGCUGUGAAGGGCAUGAAGGCCAAAGUUCAGCAGCGGGAGGGUGAAGAUAAAGUGGAGGUGAUAUUUGACAAAAAGCAGCCAUUGUUGGACUCUACAGAGCUUGGAGAAAAAGGAGGUGCCGCAAUGAACUUGUCCAGAGAAGAUAUGCUCAAACUGCUGGUGAUCAUGGAAGGAGAAGUUCAGGCAAGAGAAGAUGUUAUCAGCAUGCUAAAGUCCAAACAAACCCCUCAAGAUACCCUUUCAUCAGCAUGCAGCUCUGCAAAAGGCAGUUCGGCCCUCCAGGCCCUGCAGAGGGAUGACCUCAUCACUGGCACCCCACCGCACAACCACACUGCGUACCAAGACCCAAUGAUUGAGCUGGAGCGCCUGCAGGAGAAGCACAGGGAGACCUACAGACGGAUGCUGGGUCAGUUGCUACUUGCUGAAAAGAGCCACCGUUGCACUGUGAACGAGCUGGACAGCGAGAAACGCAAACACAUCGAUUACAUGAACAAGAGUGACGACUUCACCAACCUGCUCGAGCAGGAGAGAGAAAGACUGAAGGGGCUGCUUGACAACGAGAAAGCCUUCCAAGUAAAAAAGGAGAAAGAGCACUCUAAACGUUUGGCCAAGGUGCAAGAGGAGCUGGUCAAGCUGAAGUCCUUUGCCCUGAUGUUGGUCAAUGAGCGUCAACAACACCUGGAGAAAAUGGACCUACAAAGCCAGCGUGUUCAGGAACUGAGCCAGCAGCUUCAGCAGCAGAAGCAGAUAGUGAUUGAAGCCAGGGAGCACGCUCAAGAGGAUGCCCACAGGGUCCUGAGCUUAGAGGCUGAGCUUAAAGAGAAAACUGCCACUCUCGCUCAGCAGCAUGAAGAGAUGAAUACUAAGCUGGCCAGUCAGGAGCUCCUCAACCGUCAACUCAAUUCUAAAAUUCUAGAGCUUAUGCAUACAGUAGAUGAGCUAGAGGAGAGCAACAAGGCAUUGAGGAAAUCAGAAGAGGAAUUGCAGGAGAUAAGAGACAAAAUUGGCAAAGGGGAGUGUGCAAACUCCAACUUAAUUGCAGAACUAGAGAAUUUAAGGAAGCGUGUCCUGGAAAUGGAAGGAAAUGAUGAGGAGAUCACCAGAACAGAAAAUCAGUGCAAGGAGCUCAGGAAGAAGUUACAAGAGGAGGACAACAAAAGUAGAGAACUUAGGCUGGAGGUGGAGAAACUCCAGAAAAGAAUGAUAGAAUUAGAGAAACUUGAGGGCGCCUUCAACCUCAGCAAGAAAGAGUGUGCUCAGUUACAUGCUGCUUUAGAAAAAGAGAAGUGCCUGACCAAAGAGCUCUCUGAUGAAGUUGUUACACUCAAGAUCCGAAUGAAAGAGCUGGAAUCCUCUGAACUCAAAUUAGAAAAGUCUGAGCUAAACUUGAAGGAUGACUUAGGUAAGCUGAAGUCUCUGACUGUAGCUUUAAUGGAGGAACGAAAGACUCUUGUGGAAAGAAUGACAUCCGGUGAAAAGACAAAGGAGGAUUUGAGUACGAUGGUCAAAGCUGAGCAAAGUAAGGUUAUGGAGGUGACUGAGAAAUUGAUAGAAGAAAGCAAAAAGCUCUUGAAGUUCAAAUCAGAAAUGGAAACUAAAGUUGAGAUUCUAACUAAUGAAAAGGGAGACCUCAGCACCAAGCUUGCAUAUGAAACCGAUAAAACAAAAGAUCUUCUUUCCAAAGUCAGUCAAAUGAAAAAGAGGUUAGAUGGGUUGGAGCAAGCAGAAAGGUUGUCUGUGAAAAAUGCAGUGAAAUGUGAGCAAGGAAGGGUGUCUGAAGCUGGGAAAAAAGAUGAUAAUAAAAUUAAAGAGCUAACCUUUGAGAUUGAGCAUCUAAGAAAUCGCCUCAAACAGCUUGAAGUAGUGGAGGGAGACCUGAUAAAAACAGAAGAUCAAUAUGACAUUUUGGAGAAAAGGUUCAUAACAGAACAAGACAAAGCUAACAUACUUUCCCAGCAAGUGGAAGCUAUGAGGAGUCAGAUAGCACGGAACAAAGCUAUUGAGAAAGGAGAAGAGGAUAGCCAAGAGGAAGACCUGCGACAACGAUAUAAGCGAGAGGAGGCCAAAACCAGGGAGCUGCAGGCGGAUGUACUAGCUCUCAAGGAGAAGAUACAUGAACUGAUGCACAAGGAGGAUCAGCUUUCUCAACUGCAAGUCGAUUACUCAGUCCUACAGCAGCGGUUCUUCGAAGAAGAAGAAAAAGCCAAGAACAUGGGCAAUGAAGUUCUCCAUCUUACCAAAGAACUGGAGAUAGCAAAGCGUCACAGUCGCGCAUUAAGGCCAGGUUUGAACGGCAGGAGGAUGGUGGACAUUGCUGUGACAUCCACUGGAGUACAGACAGAGGUCUUGUCCAAUGGACCAAUAGAGGAUGAUACCCCAGCAGGGUUUAUCAGGAAGUCUGUUCAAGAAGAAAAUCACAUCAUGAACAAUUUAAGGCAGAAGAGCCUGAAGAAGCCAACAGAAAAGACAAGAGGCAUUGAGCGUUCCCCUUCCUCUGGAAGUGAUCUCAGUAUGAAAAAAUCCUGGAUUCCUUGGAUGAGAAAGAAAGAUAACAAUUCUCAUGAAACCAGCCUGGAAAAACCCCCACAUAUUACUGGAAAUCCGGACCUGACCAUGGCCCACAAGCCAGGGCAGCCUUUACACAUCCGAGUAACACCGGACCACCAAAACAAUAUUGCUACCCUUGAGAUCAGCAGCGCCACGGCUGCGGACGUUUUCUCAACAUCAGCUCCACUAAACCCCAAUCCAUCACACCCUAAAUCCAGAAUAACAAUCAUUCCAACACACUCUGCUGCAACUCUUCGAGGAAAGUCCACCAACGGACAACAGGGUCCAGAAAAAAACAAAUCUCCAGUCACCAUCACCACUAUUUCCAGAGCCAAGUCACCAGACAGUAGUCGAACUUCCUCCUCUACCAUGGCAAGGCCCAUGUCUCCUGUCACCAUCAUGACAGUUAAUACCACAGCAGUACCUGAAUCCUCUUCUUCUCCAGAACUUCAAGAGAUGACCAUGGGCCGGGCUGUAUUCAAGGUUACCCCUGAGAAGCAGAUGGUCCCAAUGCCAAUAAGGAAGGGUCACAACAACACAAGCAUUAUCACCACCACUGACGAUAACAAGAUCCAUAUCCAUCUAGGCAACAGCCUGACACCAAAGAUGGUAGUCCGGCCGGUGUCUGCUGGAACAGACAGCAAAGAACUAACCCUGUCAACGGGGACAGUAUUGCGCUCCCCUCGCCAAAUUACCACAACUCGGACCACACAGAAUAAAGUGAUGAGCAGCAUUACCAUUUCCCCCGUUGCAUCCAACACUACAAGACCCACACAAAGCAUGUGUGGGCAUGAUGCCCAAGCCCCUCGCACAGGGCUGACCCGCAUCCCAAUGUCCAAGAGCCUGAAAACUGGGAAAGCAGUGCUUGGUUCCCUGGGCAUAUCGAGUGGAGUGAAGACGGAGUCGCGUGCUGAGAGUCAAUCUAUGAGAAUAGAGGUUAAGAAAACAGCCAUAAAUGGUGUUAAUGGAGGAAAAGGCUGAUUAACCAACUAAAAUACUCGAUGGUGCUAAAAAGACUAUAACACCACAGACAUGCAGUGUAUCAUUGAGUUCUUUCAGAUUAUAUUUAAACUAAAUCAUUGUAUUUGUAAUUUUUGUAUAGUAUUUUGUACUUCCCUGUCACAUCAUAGUGUAUGUUGCUAUUAUUUGCAUUGUCAUAAUGUACUGUAUUUAAGACAAUAAUGUCAAACCAUCCUGCUACUAACUGCUCAUUGCUUUGUGUGAUUGGCUCACAUGUAUUUUCAGUUUGUUCAGUGUUAUGCAGUUUCAAAUUGUAUGUAAAUUAUUUGUUAUCAAACACAUUUUGAAUAAAAAAACAUUUUAAGAUCCAAGUGUUCAUUAGAAACAGGGGCCUCACCAGGUCUUAAAAACAGGGGGCUUAGCUCCAAGGCUAUAUAGUAGAUAUCCAUACAUAUGUAUACACAUAUACAGUAUGUACACGUUGUGCCAUAAGUUUCUAUACGUAGGCACUAGGUUGAGGUGUAUCACGUGAAAAUACGAGACAUAAAUCAUAUCAAGGAACGCAUCAUUACAAACAUAACAUCAACUGUGCUAAUGCAAGUCCAUCAACAGUGGAAAACACGUAUUAAAAUGUGUUUUUUUGAAACAAUGAUCAUAUAGAACACAUUGUAUAAAUAAAAACGGUUGUCCAAUAUGAAUGAUUAUUUUUCGUACGUAUGGAAACUCAUGGCCCACCCUGUGUGUGUGUGUGUGUGUGUGUAUAUAUAUAUAUACAGGUAUAUACACACAGUAUUAUAUACAGUGGUGUGAAAAAGUGUUUGCCCCCUUCCUGAUUUCUUAUUUAUUUGCAUUUGUCAUGCUUAAAUGUUUCAGACCAUCAAACAAAUGUAAAUAUUAGCCAAUGACAACACAACUGAACACAAAUGCAGUUUUUAAAGGAAUCUUUUUAUUAUUAAGGGAGAAAAAAAUGCAAACCUACAUGGUCCAGUGUGAAAAAAGCGAUUGCCCCCUAAACCUAAUAAUUGGUUGGGCCAGCCUUAGCAGCAACAACUGCAAUCAAGCAUUUGAGAUAACUUGCAGGGAGUCUCUUACAGCGCUGUGGAGGAAUUUUGGCCCACUCAUCUUUGCAGAAUUGUUGUAAUUCAGCCACACUGGAGGGUUUUGAAGCAUGACCCACCUUUUUAAGGUCAUGCCACAGCUUGUCAAUAGGAUUCAGGUCAGGUCUUUGACUAGGCCACUCCAAAGUCUUCAUUUUGGUUUUAUUUUAUUUACUUGCUGGUGUGUUUUGGAUCACUGUCCUGCUGCAGAAGCCAAGUUCGUUUCAGAUUGAAGUCACAAACAGAUGGCCAGACAUUCUCCUUCUGGAUUUUUUGGUAGACAGCAGAAUACAUGGUUCCAUUUAUCACAUCAAGUCUUCCAGGUCCUGAAGCAUCAAAACAUCCCCAGACCAUCACACUACCACCACAAUAUUUUACUGUUGGUAUGAUGUUCUUUUUCUUAAAUGCAGCGUUACUUUUACGGCAGAUGU